GUUUAUUUGGCUUUGCUGAAAUCCUGGCUGACUUGUCUCAAACUACCACAUCAUCAUCAUUAUGGCUACUGGAUGUCAGGAGACAUCAUUGACUGUACAUGAUUUAAUCCAGAAGAGUAAAGUAAUCAGGCAAGGUCCACCUCCACUGUAUCGUCUGCUCACAACCAGGAGUAACCUAAAUGAAGACGGCUCAGUAAGAAAAUGGACAUUUGGACAGCGAGACAUCAAAAUGGAAAACAAAAUUAUACUGAUGGUAGGAGAAACUGGAACAGGCAAAACCACUCUGAUCAAUUCACUGGUAAACCACAUUCUCGGGGUGAAGUUCACAGAUCACAUCUGGUUUGAAAUUACAGAUGAAAGUGAAGAAAAUCAAACUACAAACCAAAUGUCAGAUCAGACAGAAAGUCAAACAAAUAAAGUCACUGUCUAUGAGGUCUUUGUCCAUGACAGUCCAAUCUCUCUUACCAUCAUCGACACUCCAGGUUAUGGAGCUACCAAUGGGAUACAGUUUGAUGAAAAGAUCGCUGAAAAUCUGUACAAACUGUUUAAUCAUGAAACUGGAGUAAAAGAGAUCGAUGCUGUGUGUUUGGUAGUGAAGGCGUCUGAGAAUCGACUCUCUGACAGGCAGCAUUACAUCUUUGAUGCAGUUCUGUCUUUAUUUGGUAAAGACAUAGAGAACAACAUUGUGAUUUUUGCCACACACUCAGAUGGAUUGUUUCCUAAAAAUGCAAUUAAUGCCAUAAAAAAAGCAAAGAUUCCCUGCAGGAAAAACAAAGCAAAUAACCCUGAUUUUUUUUAAUUUAAUAAUUAUGAAGUUGAUGAGGACAGUACAGGAAAUGAUGAAGAAACUCUACAGAAAUGUUGGGAACUGAAAGAACGUAGUUUUAUGGCUUUUCUUUGCACAUUGGAAAAACAGAACAGAAAAAGUCUGGAACAAACUGAAUCCCUCCUGACUGAGCGAGGGCGACUUAAAGCUUGCAUUUCUAAUCUAAAUGACCGCAUUGAGUACACUGAGAAGAAAAAGAAUGAACAGAUACAGAUUCAGAAAGCCAUCAGUGAAAACAGGGAUAAAAUUCUGAAGAGUGAAAAUUUUACCUUUACAGUCACUAAAUGUCACAAAGAGAAAGUUCCCAUUUGUGAUGCUUCAUGGUGGGACAGAAAGGUGACUUACUGCUCUGUCUGUCAGGAGAAUUGUCAUGAGUACAACUGCUGGUGUGCCCCCACAGCUAAGCUUUGCUGGGUCAUGAGGAAUGACCACUGCACUGUAUGCACACACAAGUGCCACUACGCUAAGCAUAAAAAAGAGAACAUAAAAUAUGUUAAUAAACACACAGAUGAAGUAAUAAAUUACAAUAGUCUGAAACAACUAAGUGAAAACCAGGAUGAUGCAGCAGCAGCAGCAGCAGCAGGUAUCAGGUUUGAUUUAAAGGUAUAUGAAAAUGUGAAAACUGACAUUGAAAGCAACAAGAAAAGGGAAGCAGAUAUGCAAAGGAUAGAGAAAACACUCCAAAAAGCUUUGUCUGAUUUAGAAAAUAGAAGGAUCAAACUGGUAGAAGAAGCAUAUGCUAUCAUACAGACACUGUGUGACAUUGCCCUACAACCUGACUCUGCUUACAUUAUUGAGUCUCUUGACUUCUUGAUCCCACGAGCUGAGGAAACUGGAUUGUACAGCUGUGCUCAAAACCUUAAGGAGCUGAGGAAAAUUGAUACUGAAUCAGAAGGAAAAACUUAUGCAGCAUUAAGAUAUAUGAAAGGGGGUGUUGAUAAAAUUACAAGUUUGUUUUCUCGUAACAAAUGAAUCCAACGAAACUAAUAUACUGGUAAAGUAGUGAUAAAUAUGAAAUUAUGCACUUACCAGAAACAAGGGUAUAUAGGUAUGUAUAGGUAUGUACAAAUGUGAGAGCAGUAAUGAGAGCUAGCGCAUUACACUGCUGUGCCAGCUAUAGGCAAUACAACAUUUAUGAAUUAUUUGAUUUUAAAUUAAACUUUAAAUUAAACUUUAAGUUUUCUUAACAUGAUGUAUGCUAAUGCAAUGCAGUUUAAAAUCAGUUUGAUCAAACAUUACCAGACAACACCAGUCAGAAGUUUGCCCAUAUAGAUCAAUAAAUACAUUGAAUAAAAUUAAAGUAUUUUAUAGCUUAUUAAAUAAUAAUAAAGUAAUAUAGCGUAAUAUAAAGUAAUAUAUAAGUGAAGACCUCACAAAGUGGUAAACAAAUUUACUCAUAUCCGCCACCUUUUGGCUUGACGGCAACAAACUUGAUUUUCAAUCAGUAUUUUUAACACAUUUUCCAAAUCUGCUCAGCAUUUGGGUUGCUUAUCUUUCUAAACUUAAUAAAUUUAAUUAAAUCAGGUGUGUCCAAAAUGUGUAACUGUGUAUAUGCACCAAGUUAGCACACACAUAACUGCAGUAAUUUAGUUUUAUUAAGGACCUGUGAUGAGGUCAGAUAGCCUGCCUCAAGAUUCUGAAGGAACACUAUGAAAAUAAACCUAGGUUAUGUUUAUAUGUAUAUAAGUGUGCACAGUUACUUACCGUAGAUUGUCUAUUAUACAGCUCCUUAGGGAAAGAGCCGGCACCUUCCAGGGCUUCCUUUAUACUGGCCGAGAGAGCCCACGGCCAUGUUGUAGAAAGGAGGAGGGUAGCUGCCAGGAGUCUGCAAAGUAAAAUAUCCAGAGCAGAAUAUAUUUACUGGUAAAUGGGAUGUGGUGAUAUGGCGAAUGGUAUGUGUAUUGUGUUUGUGUUUGUUUUUGUUAUAUAUGGAUAUAUCUAUGUAACCCCACCAGCCUCAGAAUGGUUCAGUCCUGCAAGGUAGGGGCGGGGUUUAGGGGCUAAAUGGAGAGAAAAUGGGACAGUUUAAAGAUGGUGGAUGAUGCAUGCUGUGGGAGAGUGGCCAGGGUGCUAUUACCUUAAACCUGACUGCUGUUAAGUCAGGUAACUAUAAAAAGGAUUGCUAAUUGGGGCUAAAUAAGCUGUAAUAAUCCCGAAGUGUAUUUGAUGAUUUAAAUUUGUUUAGUUUUCUUUUUGCACAGUUUUUCUUUUCUCUUUUUCGUGUAUCGUGGUGCUAAUAAAACAUCCUAUUUGGGGGCAUAAAAUCCA